GCGCCCCCCACCUCACUUCCGCCGCCGACCGGCGCCGCCGCGGCCAUGGGGAGCUGAGGCGGCGGCAGAGGCAGCGGCCCCGGCCCGGCCCGGCCGGCCCGCUCCCCAUGGGCUGCGGGGCCGCGGGACAUGGAGCGGUGCGCGGCCCGCCGAGCCCCGGAGGAAGAACGUCGAGUGCGAGCCAAUGCACGGGAGUACAACGAGAAGUUCCAGUACGCAAGCAACUGCAUCAAGACCUCCAAGUACAACAUUGUCACCUUCCUGCCUGUCAACCUCUUUGAGCAGUUCCAGGAAGUGGCCAACACUUAUUUCCUCUUCCUCCUCAUCCUGCAGCUGAUUCCUCAGAUCUCUUCGCUCUCCUGGUUUACCACCAUUGUGCCUUUGGUUCUUGUCUUAACCAUCACAGCUGUCAAAGAUGCCACUGAUGACUAUUUCCGCCAUAAAAGUGACAACCAGGUGAACAACCGGCAGUCUCAGGUCCUGAUCAGUGGAGUCCUUCGGCAGGAGCAGUGGAUGAAUGUCCGUGUUGGAGACAUCAUCAAGUUGGAGAACAACCAGUUUGUGGCGCAGGCUGACCUCCUCCUCCUCUCCAGCAGUGAACCCCAUGGGUUAUGCUACAUAGAGACUGCAGAGCUGGAUGGAGAGACCAACAUGAAGGUGCGUCAGGCCAUCCCCGUCACCGCAGAGCUGGGGGACAUCAGCCAGCUGGCUUGCUUUGACGGUGAGGUGAUCUGUGAACCCCCCAACAACAAGCUGGACAAGUUUGGUGGGACACUGUACUGGAAGGAGAACAAGUACCCCCUGAGCAACCAGAACAUGCUGCUGCGGGGCUGCGUCCUCCGCAACACUGAGUGGUGCUUUGGCCUCGUCAUCUUUGCAGGUGGGCUGAAGCAGCAGCUGCUACUGUGCUGCACAGAGGGGAGGGAAAGACACCCCCUGAUGCCUUCCUGCUUCCCAGGACCUGACACAAAACUGAUGCAGAACAGCGGCCGGACCAAAUUUAAGCGGACAAGCAUUGACCGGCUGAUGAACACGCUGGUGCUCUGGAUCUUUGGGUUCCUGGUGUGCAUGGGAGUGAUCCUGGCCAUUGGCAAUGCCAUCUGGGAGCACGAGGUGGGCGUCUGCUUCCAGAUCUACUUGCCCUGGGACGAGGGGGUACACAGUGCCUUCUUCUCUGGCUUCCUCUCUUUCUGGUCCUACAUCAUCAUCCUCAACACUGUGGUGCCCAUCUCGCUCUAUGUGAGCGUUGAGGUGAUCCGGCUUGGGCACAGCUACUUCAUCAACUGGGACAAGAAGAUGUACUGUGCCAAGCGCCGGACGCCAGCUGAAGCCCGCACCACCACCCUCAACGAGGAGCUGGGGCAGGUGGAGUACAUAUUCUCUGACAAGACUGGCACCCUCACCCAGAAUAUCAUGGUCUUCAGCAAGUGCUCUGUGAAUGGGCACAGCUAUGGUGAUGUGCAGGACAUGCUGGGCCACAAGGCAGAGCUGGGAGAGAGGCCGGAACCUGUAGACUUCUCCUUCAACCCCCUGGCGGAUCCACGGUUCCAGUUCUGGGACCCCAGCCUACUGGAAGCUGUCAAGCUGGGAGACCUCCACGUGCAUGAGUUCUUCCGUCUACUCUCGCUUUGUCACACCGUCAUGUCCGAGGAAAAGAGUGAAGGGGAGUUGUUGUACAAGGCACAGUCCCCGGAUGAGGGAGCGCUGGUCACAGCUGCCAGAAACUUUGGCUUUGUGUUCCGGUCGCGCACACCCAAGACCAUCACAGUGCAUGAGCUGGGUCAAGCCAUCACCUACCAGCUGCUGGCCAUCCUGGACUUCAACAACAUCCGCAAGCGCAUGUCCGUCAUCGUCCGGAGCCCUGAGGGCAAGAUCCGGCUGUACUGCAAAGGUGCUGACACCAUCCUGCUGGAGCGGCUGCAUCACAUCAACCAGGACCUGACCAGCACUACCACUGACCACCUCAAUGAGUAUGCUGGCGAGGGCCUGCGGACACUGGUACUGGCCUACAAAGACCUGGAGGAGAACUAUUACAAGGACUGGUCCGAGCGGCUGCACCAAGCUGGCAGUGCCUCUGAGGCCCGUGAGGAUCACCUGGCUCGGCUCUACGAUGAGGUGGAGCAUGAUAUGAUGCUGCUUGGAGCCACAGCCAUUGAGGACAAACUGCAGCAGGGGGUCCCUGAAACCAUUGCCAUCCUGACACUGGCCAACAUCAAGAUCUGGGUGCUGACAGGGGACAAGCAGGAAACAGCUGUGAAUAUUGGCUACUCCUGCAAGAUGCUGACAGAUGACAUGGCAGAGGUGUUUGUGGUCACAGGCCACACUGUGCUGGAGGUGCGAGAGGAGCUCAGGAAAGCCCGGGAGAAGAUGAUGGAUGCAUCACGUUCUGUGUGCAAUGGCUUCUACCAGGAGAAGCUCUCCUCCAAGCUUACCUCUGUGUUGGAAGCUAUUGCGGGCGAAUACGCCCUGGUCAUCAACGGGCACAGCCUGGCCCAUGCACUGGAGGCAGACAUGGAGGUGGAAUUCCUGGAGACAGCGUGUGCCUGCAAGGCUGUUAUCUGCUGCCGUGUCACACCCCUGCAGAAAGCCCAGGUGGUGGAGCUGGUGAAGAAGUACAAGAAAGCUGUCACUUUGGCCAUUGGGGAUGGGGCCAACGAUGUCAGCAUGAUCAAGACUGCCCACAUUGGGGUGGGCAUCAGUGGGCAGGAAGGCAUCCAGGCUGUGCUGGCCUCCGACUACUCCUUCUCCCAGUUCAAGUUCCUACAGCGCCUGCUCCUGGUGCAUGGGCGCUGGUCCUACCUGCGCAUGUGCAAGUUUCUUUGCUACUUCUUCUACAAGAAUUUUGCCUUCACCAUGGUCCACUUCUGGUUUGGCUUCUUCUGCGGCUUCUCAGCACAGACAGUGUAUGACCAGUACUUCAUCACUCUGUACAACAUUGUCUACACGUCGCUGCCUGUGCUCGCUAUGGGUGUCUUUGACCAGGAUGUGCCAGAGCAGCGGAGCAUGGAAUAUCCCAAACUCUACGAGCCUGGGCAGCUGAACCUGCUCUUCAACAAGCGGGAGUUCUUCAUCUGCAUUGCCCAGGGCAUCUACACCUCCAUCCUCAUGUUCUUCAUCCCCUACGGAGUCUUCGCUGAUGCCACCCGUGAUGAUGGUGCCCAGCUGGCCGACUACCAGUCCUUCGCCGUCACUGUCGCCACCUCCCUUGUGAUUGUCGUCAGUGUGCAGAUUGGGUUAGACACAGGAUUCUGGACAGCUAUAAACCACUUCUUCAUCUGGGGCAGCCUGGCUGCCUACUUCACUAUCCUGUUCACCAUGCACAGUGACAGCCUCUUCCGAAUGUUCCCCAACCAGUUCCGCUUUGUGGGUAACGCACAGAACACACUGGCCCAGCCCACGGUCUGGCUGACCAUCGCCCUCACCACCGUAGUUUGCAUCAUGCCCGUUGUGGCCUUUCGCUUUCUUAAGCUGGACCUGAAACCAGAACUCUCAGAUACGGUGCGCUACACUCAGCUGGUACGGAAGAAGCAGAAGACACAGCACCGGUGCAUGCGGCAUGCAGGGCGUGUGGGCUCACGUCGCUCUGGCUAUGCCUUCUCACAUCAGGAGGGUUUCGGGGAGCUCAUCAUGUCUGGCAAGAACAUGCGGCUCAGCUCCUUGGCACUCUCCAGCUUUGCCCCCCGCCCCAAUACCAGCUGGAUUGAGACCCUCCGGAAGAAGAAGGGCUGCGAGGGCAGCAGUGCUGGCAGCCCCAGUGGCGCAGCUGACAAGACUCUCAAGGUCUGAGGCUGGAGGGGAUCAUAUCCCCUCCAGUGCAGCUGGGGGCUCCUGGCCCUGGGGAUGGCAAAGCCCCUUGUCAGCAGGGUCCCAUAAUAGGAGCAGAGGUGAUGUGGGGGCCAGUGCUGAGGUUUGGAGGAGUCUGGACUGUCGCCUUCUAGCCAAAAAAUAUAGUCUUUCCCUUCCUGGUGUGGAUGGAUGGAUGGAUGGAUGGAUGGAUGGAUGGAUGGAUGGAUAUCACCAUCAGCCUGCCUCCCUCCACCCCUCACCCCCGUUUACUCCUCCAUCAGUAUUCAAUUCCACUGAGUACAAAUGCCCCAUCACACAUGAAUGUAUCAUGCCAGAGGUGCAGGGCUCUGGGAGGACUCUGGCCUCUCCUUGCCCUUCACCCACGUGUCUUUUUUUUUUAUAUAAACAAAAAAAGUCAAAAAAGACCCCCCAACCCCGAAAAAAUAGCAACCAAAAAAAACCCAAAACAAAACAAAAAGUGAGGAAAACCCCACUGAGUUUACAGAGCGACUCAUUUCUUGGUUGGGUACAGGGAGAAGGGGGGAGGAAGGUCACCCUCCUUGUCCCCCUGCCGCAGAGUUUGCUGGGACUGUGGGUGCUGGGUGGGAAAGGGGAAGUGUUCUGUGCCACAGGGAGGCUGGGUGUUGGCGGCUGCCGUGAUUCACUCCCACGCCUGGUCUUGCGCAACCCUCGGCCUCUGCUUCCUCCUUCAUCCUCCUCUUCUCAGGCUUUUUGCGGGACUGAGUGAUCCUGGGGUGUGGGUGGGCAAUGGGGGACCCCCGGGGAGUCUCUGGGGCUGUUGGGGCCCCAGGGACGCAAUACCAAAGAGGAGCUUGUUCAGACGGGUGUUGGCGAGGCCUGGAGGGGAUUUGGGGCGUUUUUGGGGUUAUUUCGGUGGAGGGGACGCGGAUUGGGAUGAAUAAUUUGUGACGCGUUUCUGUCUGGUAAAAUAGUAUAAUUUUAUGGUUCCUGAGGAAAAAAAAAAAC